AUGUCAUAUAUUAGUUUUAAGGUGAUAUCAGAGACGAGAUAUUCACAAAUAGUUCGUAUAUGCGGUAAUCAUCCACUUCUUGGUUAAUGGAAUCCUCAUGACUCAUAUCAAUUGCACACUUCUAGUGAAACUUAUCCUGAAUGGGGCCACGAAAGCAAAAUUCAAAUUGAUCCAAGUUUUCGAUUAGAAUUCAAGUGCCUAAUUCAAGAUGGAGAUGAUUACAUUUGGGAGAGCAUCCCAAAUCGAAUCCAUAAGUGCGACUUUAGGCGCAAUUUCCUCUAUAUAACAUUCGAUAAACCCUCAAUGAAUAUUAGAACAUUUUAAAAAUAUGAAAUCUCGAAUGAAUUUGUUUAAGAGGAGCUAAUGAAAGUUUAAAAACUUAAUCGAUCAAGAGAUUAUGAUCCCUUUGAUAAUGCUUUAGAUUCAUCUGAUAACGAAAGCAAUGCAGAAUUAACGAUAGAAGAAAGAGGACCUGCCACUGUCUCAAUUCGUUAAUUGGAAGCAGAUUGGAGAGAAAUAAUAAAGAGUCAUUUUGAAUGUAAACAAAAAUUAAAGUCAAUAUCUAAAUUUAAAAAAAUUUCAGAAUAAUACGGAUCUUCCGAUUUGAUUUUUGAUUAUAAAAGAAAGCGCUCUUCUUCUACUCAAAUAUUUACAGACUCUUAUGUGAUUUGUUUGUCUUUGAAGAUACCUUUAAAAAUAACUUUAAUUGAUUAAUUCUGUAAAGUGACAAAUAAAAAGGAUUUAACAAACAAAUAUAAGUUUGAAUCUACUUCAGAUCCAUAUUAUAUCAAUAUGUACAAUCUUUUUAGUAACAGAUUAAGUUUGAAGGCAAUUUGGAUUGGAUGGAUCGGAAUUCAAAUUGCAGAUGAAAAUGAAUAUGCUCUAAUCUAGUAAUAUAUUUAUGAAUAGUACAAAUGCUUUGGAAUCUAAUUAGAUGAAGACAUCCUAGGCUGUUUUCCUUAGUUGAUAAGUCCAGUCUUCAAUAAUUUAACUCCACAUUUGCGAUUGCACUCGGAGGAUGAUUACAUGGAAAUCAAUAAGAUCUUUGCAAAAUAUGUUUAAGAAGCAUUACAAUGCACACUAUUUGCAAACUAAUUUAGUCAUUUGCACUCGAUAUUCAUUUUUGACUAUCAUCUCUUUCUGAUUCCAAUCUAUAUAAAGGAAGGAUUAAUUCGAAAAAAUGAGAAUAGACCAAGGAUAUGUACAAUAAUGAGGAGGUCAUUCCCAAAUCCUAAAUAGUUUCGAAUUCUAUCAUGCAGUGAAACUAUAUUAUCAUCUAUAUUAAUGAGUGAUCUGAUCUCAUUGAUAUAAUUAAAAGAUUUGUAUUAAUUUGUGCAUUGUCUACCCUAAAAAUAUCAAAAACUAACACAAGUCUCUGGUAUGAGUGCAUUUACAAUUGAAGUCUUAGGCAGAAAAAUCAUUUUGGAUUAUGGGAGUGUUGGCUUGAACAUUAAACAAAUAUCAAACCUAAUAACGGUAGACGAUAUUAAUUAAGAUUAAUAAUUUACCCUACUUGGAGUUGAUAGUUUAUCGCUCUUAAGUGGUCUGCUAUAGAAAUUCAAAAUAAUUGAGUAGAUGCAUCUACUAAAGUAAUAUAAGAUCUAAUUAAUUCAAAUCUUAUACACCAAUAAUGAUGAAGAUUAUUAGAGUAAUUCUUAGAUAGCUAGAUACUUAGAAGAAGUAAUGGCACUAGCAGAAAAAAUUAAUCAAAAUUGUUAAUAGGAAUUAAUUACUAUUAAACUUGAUCUAACAUAAAGUGAAUUAGUCAGUCUCUAUGGAAAGGCGGAUGUUUUCAUAAAGACCUCGUUGAGGGAAAGCAUUUGCUCAAACUAUUUAGAAUACAUCUAUGUUAGAUAGUUUAAAAAGAGAGCUGCAAAAUUAGUCCUAAGUUAAUGGUGUUCAUUGAAAGUUGAUCAUAGAAAAAUCAAUCCUAACAAUGCGUCUGAAUCAGCUAAGACAAUCUUGAAUUAUUUGAUUGAUCAAAAACCUACAUUUAUUAAUGUUCCAAAUAGCGAUGAUUGGUUACAUAGACUAAAUGAUCAUUUGAGUUAUUGCGAGGAUUUUUGGUUCGAUAAAUAAUUGUAUGACUCAGCAAAAGAAUUAACGAUUGGUUUAAAAGAUAAGCAUUUUUGCUCAAUUGAGACAACCAAUAUUGUUUCGAAAUUUGCUAAUACUAGCUAUCUUGAUAAUCAGAGAAUCAUAAUUCUUGCAUACACUCAAAAAUUUUUAUAGAAGAUCUAAAAACUAGAUUAAUUAGUUCAAGCAUUUGAAAAAUUAGCAUAAGAUGAGAACAAUACUCUUAUUAUUGUUUCUGAUUAAGAAUGCGAACUCAUGGAAUUGAACUUUGGUUCCAUCAAUAAUUUGUAUAUGAUUGCUUAAGAUGGGCUCUUUAUAAAAUAAAAUAAUCAAACUGGUUUCUAAUAAAUUGUAGAUAGAGAUGAUUAAAUAUAAGCAAAAUUAAAGUAAUUGUCCCUUUUGGAACAUUUGAAUUUAACAGAAAAGAAUUAAAUUUAUACUUUAUCCUUUAAAGAGCAGAUCAAAGAUACAAAUGCUGCUGCUAAUGUUUUCCUUUCUAAUUUAAUUAAAGAACUAAAAUUAGAAUUUGAUGAUUAUUUGGUGUUUUAAGAGAACUAUACAAUUAAGAUCAAACAUCAAUAUUAACAAAUAGAAGAAUUACUCAAAAUGAUAAUAAUUAAUGAAACAAAUCAGAAAGGUUUGGUUUCAUUUGCUAAUAUCAUUUCAUUUGAUAGAGGAUGGUUAGAAAAGAUUAUGCAAAUAUUUUAAUAUGCAAAUAUGCCUUUAAACAAAAAAUUUCAUUGUGUCUCAAUAUCAGAUCAAAUCGAAAAGAAUAGCAACUUAAUAUAAUCAAAUUGCUAAACAGAUAUGUUAUGGAAAGUUAAGAUCAAAAAAUGA